GGCAACAUUUGGGACAGGUGGCGACGUUGUGGGUAGAAAAGCGUUUUGCAUAAUUAGUUUUUUAAGUAUUUAUUUUAAUAGAUUUGCGAAAAAUAUGUCGUGUUUUCGAUUAGCUAUAGCAGUUAAUGCCACACGGCCGCUGCCUUUAAACGGGCAGAGUCUUCGUCUAUUGCCCAAAAGAAAUCAGGAAAUUUCUUUUACGCGCCGGCAAUUCUCAAAGGCAUUGGAGGAAAGCAGUCAUAAGAAGAAAUCCACUGGGACAUUGAAGCUGGCGCUACUGGGAGCAAGUAUUGGAGCUGUCGCUGGAUCCGGUUACACGUUCUACUCCAAUUUCACCGACAAGAAUGCACACAAGGAGCACGAGCGAACUCCGCCACAAGUUAUAGAGUCUCUGCCGGCUGGUCUGCGAAUAACGAAGCGGUAUUUGAAUCCCAAAGACAACUCCGGUCUGGACAUUGUGCUGUUCCAAUUCCAGACAUGUCCAUUCUGCUGCAAGGUGCGUGCCUAUCUGGACUACAUGGGCGUAUCCUAUUCAGUGGUUGAGGUGGACGCAGUUCUAAGGCAAGACAUCAGAUGGUCAUCGGUUAAGAAGGUGCCAAUGGUGCUAAUCCGCCAAAAGAAUGGUCAAUAUGUGCAGAUGACAGACUCCAGUGCCAUCAUUUCUCUUGUCGCUACCACGCUGAACGAUAAGCGCUUGGAUGUCGGCGACUUGGCACAAUUCUAUCCGCAAAUCUCGUUCUUUGAUGAUGAGGGCAAGAAACGACAUGAUAUUAUGAACAAGUACUUCCUCAUGUACCAGGAUCGCACACCAAAAAAUAUGACUAAGGAUUUGGAAGAGAAUGAGCGCAGGUGGAGAACAUGGGCGGACAAUCAUCUAGUACACCUGAUAUCGCCCAACUGUUACCAAACCCUUAACGAGUCCUUUGAGACCUUUGAAUGGUUCUCCAAGGCAGGCGAGUGGGAUGUCUACUUCCCCAAGUGGGAGCGGAAUCUGAUGGUGUACUGUGGAGCAACGGCCAUGUGGGCCAUAGCCAAGUUAUUGAAGCGGCGACACGACCUGUCCGAUGAUGUCAGAUCUCAUAUAUAUGAUGCACUCGACAAAUGGAAUACGGAACUUAAGAAACGUAACACCAAAUUCAUGGGCGGUAAACAGCCCGGUUUGUCAGAUCUCUCAGUCUUCGGUGUCUUAAGCAGCAUGGAAGGAUGUCAAACAUUCAAGGACUGCUUACAAAAUACCAACAUAGGAAAAUGGUUUUACGAUGUCAAGGAGCUUGUAGAACAAAACCGCGGGCAACUUCAAAGAGAGCGCAUAGUGGGAGUGGCACCACAAGCUUAAUACAGAGUAAAUCUAUAAUCAAGUCAAUAUUCAAGUCAUUUACAGCCACACAUAUUGUUUACAAAUGUUUAAUAAACGCCACACUUUUUAUUUUAAA